AUGAGCGAAGACCAGUUCAUCAGCGCCGCGCCGCCACCGCCGGGAGUGACUUCCAACUUCGAAAACCCCUCUGAGUCCCUCGUCCCUCAGGUCCUUGUGGUCACCAUCCUGCUCAACCUGCUGGCCAUCAUCUUCUGCGGUAUUCGCCUCUACACCGUCCGGGUCGUCAUCCACCGCCACCAGCUCGACGACGACCUCAUCUUCAUCGCGCUCAUCUUCGCCACCGCGUACUCCGUUAUCCAAGUUUACGAGACCCGAAAUGGCGCGGGACACCAUAUCUGGGACGUGUCCAGGGCGGACGCCAUUGCCUUCCACAAGCUGAGCAUGACGGACCUUGCCGCCUACAGCUUAUCGAUCCUCUUUACGAAAGCCUCGAUCCUCGUCUUCUACCUGCGGUUCCCUCUCAAAAAAGCCGUGCGGAUCGUCGUGUACGUCGUCAUGUUCGCAACGGUGGCGUACUCCGCUGCCGGCGCUCUGGGAUGGGUGUAUCUCUGCACGCCAAUGGCCAAGAUUUGGGAGCCCGAUACCCCUGGGUCAUGUGUCGACCGGGCAAUGUGGUGGUUGAUGCUCUCCGUCUGCAACGUGGCUACGGACCUCGCCAUCCUACUUCUUCCCAUCUGGAUUCUUUCUCCUCUGUCCCUGCGACUCGUCAAGAAAAUCGAGAUGACGAUAUUUCUGAUGGCCGGUGGAUUUGUUCUGGGACCCAGCAUCGUCCGAAUGGUCAUGAUCCCGAUAGGCUUCAACAACACAGACUUUACCUGGACCGCAUCGAUCAGCAUCAUUUGGUGCGUGGUUGAGGCCAAUGUUGGUAUCAUCUGCACUUGCCUACCAUUCCUCAAGGCAUUCAUGAGGCACGUUGCUCCGGGCAUUUCCAAGAAGUUCGCCAUGAACGAGGAGCCGAAUUCGCCAACCGUGUUCGACAGGGCCGCGGCCAUGGCAAGCUUGCCACCUGUGCCCAAGUCCGCACGGAGAAAGAGUCUUGGCAGGCAGGCCGUUAAGGAAGUGCCCGACGAUGACAUUCACGCGUCGAGAAACUGGCCUUUGAAGAACGAGGAGGCAUAUGACUUCACCGACGACGACCGGAUAUCGCUGGAUCGUGUAUCGUCGGAGCGGAAAACGCCGCAGAAGCCCGUUGACGCGGCGGAGAUGGUGUGA